UCAAUUCAGUUUGUACCCACAAGACUUUCCUUGUAAUAACAUGCCUCAAGCAAAGUACUCUACAAAGUUAGUGUAAGAAAAUCUUGUAUGGCUGCCCAAUGCAGAGAGUUAAAAAGUAAACAUAAAAGUAACCGUUGUAUAUAAAAUAACGGCACUCAGCAAUACCAGAUUCAAACAUGGUAAUAGAGCCUCGAGCUGUAACCGAGACUCCAUUAAGAUUGUGGGGGAGGACGAGGUGGAGGCUUGAUGUGUCACGACAGUAGAUUUUCUCCGCUUUGCUCUGGGCGAUUACGGUUUUAUGGUUAAAGGAGUGUCAACACAUAAAUGCCAAGAACUUCUCUAACAAAAGAAGGAAUGUCCCAUUCAAUCCAAGCUCUUCUUGCAGCAGCAGGGUCCUUCAGAUUCAGCAAAAUAAUUCUAGCUCUGAAAAAAGACACAAAUUUUAUUCAGAACAGAGGAUUGGAAAGGACAAUUUAUGAAGGAAUGCAAAUCCGGAGAGGAAACAUGUGGAAUGAACUUCCACCUUGGAAUGGAAAAUGGGUUACAUAUGAUAUGGGACCAAGUGGAUGGCGAAGGGAUUGUAGGGUGGGAAUGUGGGAUAGGUACUCGACAAUAUGUCUGAGAGAAAAGAAAAGAAAAAGUUGCAGCUCACGUGGCGGAAGACAUGCCAUGGACUGUCGAAGGCAUCACCCCUGACAUUAUUGUGAAUCCGCAUGCUAUCCCAUCUCGAAUGACAAUUGGGCAGCUUAUUGAGUGCAUCAUGGGUAAAGUUGCAGCUCACGCGGGGAAGGAAGGAGAUGCUACUCCCUUCACGGAUGUUACAGUGAGUUGUACUCUCUCAGAAUUUUCUUCUUCUCUAUCUCUCUUUUCUUUUUCUCUUGAUAGGUAAGACAAACCACCCACUUAGUCUUAAUUGGACCUAAACCCUCAACCUCAUUUUUGAGAGAUGGAGGAGGUAGCACUUAAGCUAAUGUUUGGAUAUACUCUCUCAGAAUCAUGGCUCAUGAGAUACUGAAAUAAAAGCACUUUCGCAUAUUUAAACAAGUCUAUACAUUUUUGUAUUUGUUGGGGAUAGAAUGCAUGUCCUCUUACAUUAGUAGAAGAUUUGUUAGUAAGCUCAAGAGCUCCACUUGGUGGGAUGAUGGUAGCAAAUCCAACUAGAAUAAGGUUUGUUUGGUAGAAUCCAUAUCUGUCUGUUGGGUUGAAUCCGUUGUAGAGGAAAUCAAUGGAUUGAGAAGGCACAACAUUAUCAAAAAGGAGGGAGAGAAGAAGAGCUACGUAAAUGGGAGCAGCCAUGGAGUUAAUAAACCUACUCUUGGGGCUAUGAGAUCAAGCAUUGAUUCUCAAUCCAAAGGGAACUUGCUACACCAUCCUGUUUCAGUUCUUAAGUGGCCAUUCAUGCACACUCUGAAAAAACAUAUCAAGAACUAGGUAUUGGUUGUGCUGCUAGUGCAUCCUUUUGCAAUACCGCCCAUAGUUUCAUAUUGGUCUAAAGGAUUAUAUGCUUUACUUUCUUUCACUGCGCCAAUCAAGCUAUAAGCUGCCGAAGGAUCUCACUGCUAAUUAAGUAACCUAGCUUCAAGCAGUACUUGAAUAGCCAAGGGUCUUUUAACAUGCAACUUAAAAGAAACACUAAGAAUCACCUGAGUAAAAUGGUUGCGAGGAAUCAAGGAAAGAUGGGCUGGCGAGUGGCUGUAUUUGAGGAACAGAGGGCCUUCUUGCAGCCAAUUGUUAGUCCGGAAGAGAGUUUCUGAACCAUUUUUAUCCCUGCUUUUGAUUAAGAAGGGCAUUGCUAAGGAUCUCAGCUGAAGUAGCUUUUUCCAUAUCAACUGCUUUGUUGAGACCAUCUAUGCUUUGGUCAGAUAUAUCUUAGUAAGCCAAUGAUGUCAGAUGGAGAAACUGUGACUUUGUUUCUGAAGGCAGCGAGAUUGAGGAAUCUAACAUACUCGGCUCCAUUGUUUGUGGAUGUCACUAAGAGAGUGAUAAAGAAAGGGCAUGAUGGUGAAGAAGUAACUGAAACUCAAGAUUUUACUAAAGUCUUCGUUGGGAAGGUUCCUAUAAUGCUCUGGUCGAGCUACUGCACAUUAUAUCAGAAUUCAGAGAAAGAUUUGACGGAUCUGGGAGAGUGUCCAUAUGAUCAAGGUGGGUAUUUCAUUAACAAUGGGAGUGAAAAGGUUCUAAUUGCUUAGGAGAAGAUGAGCACCAAUCACGUUGUGUUUAAGAAGAGGAAGCCAAACAAGUAUGCCUAUGUGGCAGAAGUCCGAUCAAUGGUGGACUCCCAGAACAGGCCACCCAGUAGCAUUUUUGUGUGGAUGCUUUCACGGACUAGUGCCAAAGGGGUAUGGGCAUUAAAUAUGGUGUUUAGGGGUGUUUUUUGGAGCACUUUUUUAUUUAUUUAUUUUUUUUUUUGCCUUUUGAAUUCUUAUGGAAUUUAUGAAUUUUUUUUGUUGUUUUUGGGUAUGUUAUGUAACUGCAGGGCUCCUACCCUUCCGUACAUUUGGACUGAGAUUCCUAUUAUUAUUGUGCUUCGGGCAUUAGGAUUUGUUGCUGACAAAGAUAUAUUUGAGCAUAUUUGCUAUGAUUUCUCUGACACUCAUGGAGUUGCUACGACCCUCCUUGGAAGAAGCAUUUGUAAUAUAAAAUCAACAGGUUGCACUGUACUACGUCGGGAAACGAGAGGCCACUGUUGGUGUCACAAAUGAAAAGAGGAUUAAAUAUGUGUUAUGAAUGCUGGCUGUUGCUAUACACGAGUGUAAAGCUGUCUUUUGUGCUUCUUUUUUUGUUUAAGGAGAGUCUCCUGUUCAUUUACUUCGUAGGUAUGCCAAAGAGAUCCUCCAAAAGGAAAUGCUUCCUCAUGUUGGUGUAGGAGAGUAUUGUGAGACAAAGAAAGCUUACUAUUUUGGAUAUAUUAUUCACCAGCUUCUGCUACGUGCAAUUGGACGAAGGGCGGAGGAUGAUAGGGAUCACUAUGGCAAUAAGAGACUCGAUCUUGCUGGUCCUUUGCUUGGUGGCCUCUUU